AUGGCUGCGACGAAUUCCUCGCAAUCAUAUCUCCUAAAGAAUAGAAAACAGAUGCGUCAAAAACAAGGGCGCCGCAAGACUUGUCUAAUGAAAAAGGCAUCCGAAUACAGCAAAACUUGUAACGCAGACGUCUGUGCGGGGAUACGGUUACGUGAGACAGGCCAGGUCUUUAUUCUAUCCGCGGAUAUAACGGGGUCUCGGGACUUUCUCAAGUCACAAAUAGGUUCGUACUAUCCAGUCCCGAGGCUGAUCACUGAACGAGACCUGGAAAAGGCUGGGAAAAGUACCAGAGGCAGACCAUCAAGCGGAAACGAAAUAAUGGAGGAGCUGAACAUGUAG